AUGGGCUCUGUGCUCUUUCGAGACCCAGUGUCAAGGCAGACUACGGCUUUUACACGGGUCCCCUUCCAGUACUCAUGCCCAACUGACUACUCGAAGUUUGAAGGAGAAACAGCACCCUGGUUCUUCAUUCGCUGCACCUCAGACUUCGAUGCGAUCCUCCACCUCCAACUUCCCUGCGUCCUAAACACGAUCGAGGCCACCGCGCUCAUGAAAGCCGAGAUGCUGUCCAAUAUUGACCGAAAGGCGACUCAAUGGACCAUCACUGCAUUCCAGGGCAAGAAGUCCAAGGAAAAGACUGUUGCGCUCCACCAUACGACGGACUCCGAGAUCUGUGGUACAGUCGAUGACUCUUGGACCCUCACGACAAGCGACGCGCCGCCACCGGGGUUCACCCCCGAGCCACGCUCUGAUGGGUUGGACCCGAAGCGUUCCUGGGCACCAGGCCACCCGCUCUUCAUGAAGUUCUACAAGAUGAAGUGUCGAUUCCGUAAGGGAACGGUGCUGACUUUAGUAGCACAAGACGGGCCGCAUGUUCUACCACGGGGCGACUCCGUCACCGACGUCGGCGGAAGUCAUGCUUCCGGAUUCUUGAGCAUAGAAAAUAACGAUCUUGGCUAUCACGCCGAUGAAGUGUACGGUGUGGCUUUCGACCCCGUUGGUGAUGCUCUCGAUUAUAUUUUAGCGAAGUCUGUCGCAGAGAUUGCAAUAGCAUGUGACAGCGACUUGUACGACAUCUUCAAGCCGCCAGGGCUCAUCAGGAAGACGAAGCUGCUUGGCGGCUUUUCGUUCUCACUCUCAUACUCGGCAAACCGUGUUUCAGCGCGGUAA